CCAGUUCACCACUGCUGGGCUCAAACACAGAAAGGUCCUCAACAAAGACACCUGUAGAUAUAUGCUGGUGGAAUGUAAGGCGGCAGAUUUAGUUUCUUUUAUUUUUUUUACCAAGCUUUAGCUAUUAGAAGAGGAUAUAGACUGAGCAUCUCAUCAUGAGUGUAAAGCAGCCCUGCAUCUUUCUCAGAGGAGGAGGAGGAAAGAAGAGACAAACAAGAAAUCUUACUCAGGAUGAGCUCGAAGAGCUACGUGAAGCCUUUAUAGAGUUUGAUAAAGACAAGGAUGGCUUUAUCACCUGCAAAGACUUGGGGAACCUGAUGAGAACCAUGGGCUACAUGCCGACUGAAAUGGAGCUGAUCGAACUGAGCCAAAACAUUAACAUGAACUUGGGGGGACGGGUAGACUUUGAAGAUUUUGUGGAACUGAUGACCCCCAAGCUUCUGGAUGAAACCGCCGGGAUGAUCGGGUUAAAAGAACUCAGAGAUGCUUUCAGAGAGUUUGAUAUAGAUGGUGACGGAGCUAUCACAUCUGAAGAGCUGAGAUUUGCUAUGAUAAAGCUAUUAGGUGAACAGACGAGCAAGAAAGAAAUAGAUGAAGUGGUCAAAGACGUAGACAACAAUGGAGAUGGAAAAGUUGACUUUGAGGAGUUUGUGAAAAUGAUGUCGAAGAAUUGAGGACAACAAAAUGAAGACAGAAGAGGAUCCAUGCUGUUUUAAAUUCUCAUCUGACAAAACCUAAUUUUUGUAAAUAGUCUCACUAUCUACAUCAACAUUAUGUUAAUUUUUGUAACAAAUAAGUUAUUUUGUUUGUUAAAAAUUAUAUGUAUAAAUUUCCAUUAGCAGUCCUUAAUAAAAAAAAUAAGAAAUAA